GAUAAUCUCGUCAACGUCACAAGUAGGAAGUGGAUGCUUUAAACACACUCAGCUGCUGCAGGUGUCUGCCAGGCGCUUCUCCUGUUACAAAACAAUUCCUCAGAAAAUAUGUUGAAGGCAGUCAUUUUAAUUGGGGGGCCCCAAAAAGGCACAAGAUUCAGGCCGCUGUCGUUUGAAGUGCCCAAACCCUUGUUUCCAGUAGCCGGUGUCCCCAUGCUUCAGCACCACAUUGAAGCAUGCAUUAAGGUACCAAAUAUGAAGGAGAUUUUGCUCAUCGGCUUUUAUCAGCCAAAUGAAGAACUGAACAGAUUCCUGUUCAAUGCGCAGCAGGAGUUCAAAAUUUCCAUCAGGUACUUGCAGGAGUAUGCAGCCCUGGGUACUGGAGGGGGCAUCUAUCACUUCAGAGAUCAGAUUGUCUCUGGCAGUCCAGAGGCUUUCUUUGUUCUGAAUGCUGAUGUUUGCUCAGCGUUUCCUCUCACAGAGAUGCUCAGCUUCCAGAAAGAACAUGGAGAACCAAACAACUUUGUCAUCCUGGGGACAACGGCAAACAGGAAGCAGUCCAUGAAUUAUGGCUGUAUUGUGGAAAAUGAAGACACAAAUGAGGUCUUGCAUUAUGUGGAAAAGCCAAGCACGUUUGUGAGUGACAUCAUCAACUGUGGAGUAUACCUCUUUAACCCCGAGAUCUUUCAGCACAUUGGUGCCGUCUUUCAGAAAAAUCAGCAGGAUAUGUUGCUUUAUCCAUAUGAUGGAGAAGAGCCCACCAACGGCUGGCACCGAGCAGAGGCCAUCAGGCUGGAGCAGGAUAUUUUCACUGCCCUGGCAGGACAGGGCAAACUCUAUGUAUAUAAAACCCUCAGUUUCUGGAGCCAGAUUAAAUCUGCAGGAUCUGCAAUCUAUGCCAGUCGAUUGUACCUCAAUCAGUAUCACACAAGUCAUCCUGAAAGACUGGCCACAAAUAAGGAGGGAGGACCCAAAAUAAGUGGUAAUGUCUACAUACAUCCCACAGCCAACAUUGAUCCCACUGCCAUGUUGGGACCCAACGUCUCAAUUGGCACUGGUGUGACUAUUGGAGCUGGUGUCAGAGUCCGAGAGUCCAUCAUUCUCCAUGGUGCAACUCUACAGGAUCACUGCUGUGUGUUGAACAGUAUUGUGGGAUGGGAUAGUACCAUUGGAAAGUGGGCAAGAGUAGAAGGAACCCCAAGUGACCCAAAUCCAAAUGAUCCAUUUGCAAAGAUUGACAGCGAAACUCUCUUCAGAGAUGGAAAACUCACACCUUCCAUUACUAUUCUCGGUUGUAACGUGACCAUCCCAUCCGAAGUGAUAAUACUAAACUCGAUUGUGCUUCCACACAAAGACCUGAACCGUGGCUUCAAAAACCAGAUCAUUCUCUAGUUUAUCCUCCUCUCGCUUCUGUCCCGUUACUGUCACUGUUGAAAGAUGCUGCUGUCCAACCCCUGGCACUGCCUCAGAGUUACUGUAUAUAAGAUGUCAAAAAUGGAUGUAUGGAGCCCUCAUUAAAUUGUUUUGAAAAAUAGAUUUUUUUAUAUAUUUGUCCUCGGGCUUUGAUGCAACGAUGGGUGUCAACAACAUUACAGUGAAGCUAAUCAUGUGUGUUGAUUCACCUUGAGACGUGCUGUCCUGCCAGAGGUUUUUAUUGGGCUUUUUUUUUUUUUUUUUAAUCAACUUAACUCAACUGUAAAAUUACUGCAUAAGGGAGUGUAAUAUGUGUAGCUGAAUAUAAUAUAUGUAUUAAAAAAAGUUUAUACA